AUGGACUCAGAACUCAAGGAAGACAUUCCGGUGCAUGAGGAAUUCAUUUUGUGUGGUGGAGUAGAAACCCAGGUGCUAAAAUGUGGACCUUGGACUAACCUUUUGGAUGAUCAAAGUGUGAACAGGCCUAAACUGCUUAUUUUUAUUCUUCCUGGGAACCCAGGUUUUCCCACCUUUUAUGUGCCAUUUGCAAAGGCUUUAUAUUCUUUGACAAACAGACGCUUUCCGGUUUGGAUUAUCAGUCAUGCUGGGCAUGCCAUGGCCCCCAAAGAGAAGAAGAUUCUUACAACAUCAGAGGAUCCAAAUGCUCAAGAAAUUAAGGACAUCUUCGGACUGAGUGGUCAAAUAGAACACAAACUAGCUUUCCUGAGAACUCAUGUGCCAAAGGAAAUGAAGCUUGUGCUCAUUGGCCAUUCAAUAGGCAGCUAUUUUUCUCUCCAGUUGUUGAAGCGUGCCCCUGAGCUCCCAGUAAUUCGCUCCUUUCUGCUCUUUCCAACAAUUGAGCGAAUGUCUGAGUCACCCAAAGGCAGAAUUGCCACUCCACUUCUGUGCUGGUUUCGAUAUGUUCUCUAUGCUGCCAGCUACUUAUUAUUUAAACCGUGUCCUCAGAAAAUCAAGUCCUUGCUGAUCAGAAUGGGCCUCCAAGUAAUGAACGUGGAGAAUGAAUUUUCACUGAUGAAUGUCCUAGAACCAUUCUGCCUUGCUAAUGUCGCCUACCUUGGAGGCCAAGAAAUGAUGGAGGUGGUAAAGAGAGACAACGAACCCAUAAAGGAACAUUUAUCUAAGCUUACAUUUUACUACGGUGCUACAGAUCCUUGGUGUCCAAAAGAGUACUAUGAAGACAUCAAGAAAGAUUUUCCAGAAGGAGAUAUUCGACUCUGUGAGAAAAAUAUACCUCAUGCUUUUAUCCUUCAUUUUUACCAGGAAAUGGCAGAUAUGGUUGCUGACUGGCUAAAGGAUGAUCUGUCCAAAAUAUAAACCUGGCACAAGGAAAGAAGUACCUGCUGCCAGUACGUGGAGGCAGUAGGGGUACUAUGUUUAGUACGUAAAUGCUUAAUUUUGAUGUUUGAUGUUAGAAAAGAAAAAGUUGAGAACCUCUUGGCUUAAAAACUACAAGCUCCCAGCCCCCUAUGUUACAGGCUGAUGUAAACACACUUGACGAAUCAUUCCAUAGGUUGAACAACACAUUUUUCCAAGACUCGGGGAACACAGUGAUCUAAACAGGGUCUCAUGUUUGCACAGGAUACCCAGUGACACCAUGUGGCUUAUUUUGGUAGGCAGGAUCCCUGCAGAUAAAAGAAAAUCUAAAUUUAAUUGAUUUUAAUAGAGUUACACUGUUGAAUAGGCUCAACUAGGGGAAAUUAUGAAAUACCUACUAGAAAAUGUGAAAGAGAUCAGUGAAUGUGAAGCGUAUAGUUAGGUAUGUGAUGUGUAUGAGAUCAUGACAAGCACACACUCAUGUUCCAGUAGCAGGAAGUGGUGAGCAGGGGAUAUUGGCAGUGGACUUGGGUCUCCUCUCGUACAGAAGACGAAGAUCAGCCCAGACUAGCUUCGCACAGGUCUUGGUUAAGAUCAUCAGCGUCGCUUCUGAUCUACCUGCAUUAGACAGAACAAAGUUCACCAGACAUUACUCUGGUCAACUGACCAGAUAAAGAGUUGUGGACGGAUCCCAACUGUGCCUCCUGCCACAGGACAGCCAGCAAGUUCUGUGCUAAGCCUUAGCCUGCAGGCUAUGAGCUCCCUGCAGGCUCCUCUUCUCCAGAGCCAGGAUGGGGAGGCAUUGGGCUGUCCUGAAUUCAGCUUGCAGGUGCCAGCAUGCUGUUGCUCCUGUGAUUCUUGCAAUAAAACUCUCCUGAAGACCAGCAGUGAGCCAAGCACUGUGCUAACCAUUGAGGAUAGAGUUCUUAGCUACUUCAUGAUCCUUUUCUUCUGAAAAUCUUCUAAUAAAUAAUUUUCAAAAUGGCAUUUUAAAUUGCUGAAACCAUUACCAUAAAUCAGUUCUCCAUUUCUGCAUUAAUUUUAUCUGUUGGAAAGAAAUUAUUGUGCUAAUGAACGAAAGCAAGCUAUUAAGUUAGGUGAAUUUACCUUCUCUGGACACAUUGAGGUCUGGUGGGGAAAAACCAUGUUGUCUGGCCUAGAGCGGGCUGACAAUAUUGCUGCCUUACCUAGACGGACUCAAUCCUGAGACCUUAGGAAUCAGUAAAUCCCACUGACUGCAGUGACAGUUGAUGAUCAAUCAGAAACAUUCCAUUUUCUCCUAGAGAAAAAUCCCUCAUGGCAUUAUCAUUCCUUAAGGACAAUGAGAUGUUGUCCUUCCUCUCAAAACUUAAAGCCACCUGAUGAAAGAUUCAGCUGUGAUAUGCUGCCAGCCCAGUGAUGAGAGUUGAAUGAAUAUUGUCCUUUGGCAUGGCUUCUACAUCAGAGCAAAUGACUUCUCAGAGGGGAGAAGCUGAGCUCCCGACAAGGAGUGCUCUUAGCCCGAGGGGAAGAGCCGACAGAUACGCAGGCCACGGGCACAGGGCUGCAUGCGGUCCUGUUGUCAUCUGCACGGAAGGCCUUCUAGAGAUCUAAUGAGAGAAGCUAGGAUUCGUGGCCCUGAGUGCCUUGCAUACAGGAGAUGCUCUGUAGUACUAAGUCAAAGCACAUGAACAAGUACGGGGGAAUCAUACCUACUGGAAUAAAGAGUAACAUUCAUAGCUUGUCUUUUAGCUGUUAUUUUACAUUACCCUGUAUUUCAGAAGUCUGCAUGUGAAAUUGUAUCUCACUUUUGUCUUUUAAAGCUUAAAAAAGAUACUGGCUCUUAAUUCAUGUUUAUCACCUGAACACCAAAUGAA